UGCACCAGCCCUCAAGCAAGAGAGUGAGCAAGCGAGAGUCUCUUCGCACCAGCUUAACACCAUGCUGAGGUUUCACCAAAGAUGCCCACUUUGGAGGACUCAGAGAGCCCCUUUCAGUAGGAUCAUAUUUUUGCUGCUGGUCUUGGGGUACACCGUUGAUGCCUUACCCCAAUGCUAUCAUACUAAGAUGUAUUCUCUACUGGUAGCCAAUUGCCAAGGCCAAAGGCACAAGGCAGUCCCCGAAACCACCCCCUCCACUCAGGUCCUCCUGCUGAAUUUCAACUUCUUUUCCACCAUCUUGCAGUCUUCCUUUCCCCUGUUGACAUCCCUGAAGAUGCUUUCUCUUGGAAAGCAACAGGGAGGAUCCCUCUUUGUUGGAGAAAGGGCCUUUCAAAACGUGUCCAACAUCAUGUUCCUGGAUCUUGGAGGCAAUAGGAACUUGAUCUUACACCCUGCAGCUUUCAGCGGCCUCACCAAACUCGAGGUGUUGCUCUUGGAUUUUAAUGGUUUUGAUGAAGGAGUGCUGGAAAGAGGCUAUUUCCAGGAUUUGGUAUCCCUGAAGAGGCUGGAUCUUUCUGGAAAUCGCAUCCGUAGGCUGAGGCCUGAUUUGACUUUUCAGGGGUUGAGGAGCCUGAGUAUCCUUCAGCUGAAGUUCAACAAUAUUGGGACAAUCUGUGGGGAAGACCUACAAAACCUCAAGGGGCACCAUUUGGCCUUGCUUGACCUGUCCUCCAAUCGACUGCUCAGCCAUCAUGCCUGCACCAACCCUUUCCACAAUAUCACAUUGGGAACCCUGGACAUCUCUUCCAACUCAUGGAAUGUGAAGGAAGCUGAGCAGUUCUUCACAAGAUUAAAUGGUUUGCAAAUCCAGAACCUCAAGAUGCAACACUCAGCAGCCAUAGGGAGUGGGUUUGGUUUCCAUAACCUAAAGGGCAUCUCGGCCAGCACCUUUUCUGGCCUGAAUGGCAGUGGCAUUUUCUCCCUUGACAUGUCCUAUGGCUUCCUCAAUGAAUUAGUCUCCUCUGCCUUCUCAGGGUUCUCAGACCUCAAUAUCCUGCUUUUGAGAUCCAAUCAGAUUACUAAGAUCCAGGACAGAACCUUCAUUGGGUUGAGCCAAUUACAUGUUCUUGAUCUGUCCAACAAUCUGCUUGGGGAACUGUACACAGAGGCGCUGCAAACCCUGCAGUCAUCACCUCUCCAACAUCUCAUCCUAAAGUCCAACCAUAUUGGAAUUGUUCAACAUGAUGCUCUGGUGGGGCUGAACUCCCUGCAAAUCCUUGACCUUCAGGACAAUGCUCUCUUGAGGGUCCCAAAGGGGAAACUCCCCUCCUUGCUGCACCUGAUGCUUGGGCAAAAUAGGAUAGGGAGUGCCUGGGGCCUAGAGCAUCUUGGCAAGAACCUGACUCACCUUGACUUCUCCUCCAACCGCCUGAGUGACUUAGGGGAGCUCUGGGGUCAGCUAGGGAAAAUGCCCACCUUGCGUUUCCUGAAUCUCUCGAGCAACCAGCUGGCAAGGUGCUUCAGUGCUGAGAGGGGUCCCAGACAGCUUAGAGAAUUAGAUCUUUCCUAUAACAACCUGGAAAACAUCUGGAAAACAGAUAAAUGUGUGGAUAUCUUCCAGCAUUUGGAGAGGUUGGUAGUCCUGAAUCUCAGUUCCAAUAGCCUGCAGGGCUUGCCAAAGGGUCUUUUCCAGGGUUUAGUGUCUCUACAGACUCUGAGCCUCACUGCCAACCUGUUGCCCAUGCUUCCAGAGGAGGCAUUCCACAGCUUGAAAUCCUUGCGCAGCCUCAGCCUCCAUGGUAACCCCAUAGUGACCCUCUCACCCUCUACAUUUGGGUCACUGGUGCAAUUGCAAUCUUUGGACCUGAGAGAGUUGUCUCUGUUUUGUGAUUGUAGACUUUAUGACUUCCAGCGCUGGAUGCAGGACAACAACGCAAUAUUCACUGCAGCUGAGACAAUGCUCACAUGCAUUCAGACCAGCCCUCAUUUCCUACACAUCUCUUUGCCCACAUUCCUCCACAGCAAAUGUGCCAAAUAAUGGGGGGGUGGGACAUGGGGUGAGGGCCUUGACAUUAGCCCAGCGAUGCCAACUCUUGAUGCCAGCCCUGCAUUCCCCUAUUCCCACUGCUGCCACUCCAGGAAAUGAACACAAAACACAAGAGAUGCCUGAGACCUUGAGACAGACUUGGUGCCUUGAGGAUCCUUCGCACAACAGGAUGUUGGGCCUCAGAACCAGAUGCGGAGUUUCUGUCCAGCUUUUAAAGAUGUGGGGCUGGAUUUUUGAGCUUUGUGGGGGAAAUGACAGAUGGAGACUAAGGUUGCCAGCUUCUUCCUCUCUCUUUAUUGCCUCUUCUUCUCCAUCUUUCUGAGUACCCUGACACAGCAAAGAUGUAACAAGCAGGGCUUUUUCUUUUCUGGCAUGGAAAUGAAGUGAGGGGGAAAUGCAUUGCUAGCUUAAUGGUGUGUGUGUGUGUCUGUGUGUUUAAUAAUAGCAUUGACAUUCAAGGCAUACCAUAUUUCAAACUUUUUUUUAAAAAAAAAUGUUUUUAACACUGUAUUGUUUUAAUGUAUUUUAAUAUCUGUUUUUAUGAUGUUUUAAAGUGUCUUUAGCAUUUUGUUUGCUCCCCUGGGCUCCUGCUGGGAGGAAGGGCGGGAUAGAAAUUAAUUAAUUAAUUAAUAUAUUGGUUCUGGUUUUGCUUUUCCCAAGGAAUCCUUAAAAUGGUUGCUGGACAGAAUGCUGAAGUUGGUUACUAGUAGUUUCUUAAAAAAGAAACUAUGGGGAUCUUUGGCUAACAAGUCUUAUCUAUGAUAAUUAAAAGUGUGAGUUCCAUGGUGAGGAUCAGUAAGAAAGAGCUUUAAAAUAAAACUGCCAAUAUUAUAAUCUGUAUACAAAUCUAUGGUGUAACCACACUUGGAAUACUGUGUAGGGUUCUGCAUUCCGCAUCUCAAGAAGGUAUAUUGUGGAACUGGAAAAGAUUCAGAAAAGGGCAACCAAAAUGAUCAAUGGAGCAACUCUGCCCUAUGAGGUUAGGUUACAACGCAGUUUCAUUUAGUUUAGAUAGAUCAUUUUAGCAGUUCAUUCAUAUUGAAGGGUACAGCACCCCCUGGUGGUUAUAUGCACUCACAGCCACCAUUUUUCCUGGAACCACAACAACAAUAUUAAUAAUAAAAUUAUUUUUGUUGUCUGCCUCUCACCUGGAAUGCGGGGCCUGAGAAAGAGUAUAUAGAUUUAAAAAUACAACGCAUACAUAACACCAUACACAAAUUUAAAAAUACAAAAACAUACAAAGAACCAUACAAAAACAAAUCCAUAAAAUCCUUAAAAACAUCAGUAUGAAGGGGUAAAAAUUUAACUAAAUGCUUGAAUAAAAAGAUUAUGUAUGUAAAUAAUCAACAAGCCACUUAGAAUAGCACAAUCGACAACAAACAAACAAUGGUCCUUCCUUCAUCACUGCCAAAAUUUGGAUUCAGUCUAGGAUGUGGAGGUCUUCUCAUCAUAAUCUGUGUACAGUUCUGGUUGCCUCAUCUCAAAAAGGAUAUUAUAGAGUUGGAAAAGGUUCAGAAGAGGGCAACCAGAAUGAUCAAGGGGAUGGAGCGACUCCCUUACGAGGAAAGGUUGCAGCAUUUGGGGCUUUUUAGUUUAGAGAAAAGGCGGGUCAGAGGAGACAUGAUAG